UGCGGCGGGCCCAGGGCCGUGCUGGCCGCCUCGGAGGUGAAAACGCCUCGAUUCCUUGUGUGUUAUUUUUCCUGGUAGCGCGGGGGACAGGGAGGUGAGUUCCCGCUCCACUGAGACCGUCGGUGCAGUGACUUAACGAGGGGAGACCAUCGAGGCCCCUGAAAGAUCUAGGGAUGGAUGAGGAGAGUGUGCAGCCACCCCCAGGGCCGUCCCCCAGGAAGAAGUUCAUCAUUCCCCUGGAUGAGGAAGAGAUCCCUCCGGCCAGGGCCAAGCCCUUGUUCAAAUCCACCCGGAACCUUCCCAGCACAGACCCCUCGCCUGUGCCAGCCUCCCUGAGCUACGCUGAGUAUGCCCUCUCGGUGCCCCCCGGAGCACCUGUACCCUCCGGAGCACCUGUGCCCCCACGGCUGCCCGCGGCCCCCGAACUCCCCACGGCAGAGCCCCCCAACCAGGCACCCAAACCUGCCGCCAAAUCCGGCAGCAUCAUCGUGAGCCCCCGGCAGCGGGGCAACCCCGUGCUGCAGUUCGUGCGCAAUGUGCCCUGGGAAUUUGGAGAGGUGCUCCCUGACUACGUGCUGGGCCAGAGCACCUGUGCUCUCUUCCUCAGCCUCCGCUACCACAAUCUGCACCCUGACUACAUCCAUGAGCGGCUGCAGAGCCUGGGCAAGAACUUCGCGCUGCGGGUCCUGCUGGUGCAGGUGGAUGUGAAAGAUCCGCAACAGGCCCUCAAGGAACUGGCCAAGAUGUGCAUCCUGGCCGACUGCACCCUCAUCUUGGCCUGGAGCGCCGAGGAGGCGGGCCGCUACCUGGAAACCUACAAGGCCUAUGAACAGAAGCCGGCGGACCUCCUGAUGGAGAAGCUGGAGCAGGAUUUCAUCUCCCGGAUGACCGACUGCCUCACCACCGUGAAGUCAGUCAACAAAACGGACAGCCAGACUCUCCUGGCCACUUUCGGGUCUCUCCAGCAGGUCAUCGCAGCCUCGAGGGAAGACUUGGCCCUAUGCCCCGGCCUGGGGCCCCAAAAGGCCCGGAGACUCUUUGACGUCCUGCACGAGCCCUUCCUGAAAGUGCCCCCGGACCCUGCAGACAGGGGGCGCCCACCGCAACAAUAAAGCACUUGGGGGC